AUGACCAAACGUCGCCCUCCGACUUCUCACACCCCCAUACACUUCGAUACAACACUGCCCGCCGACUUACUGACCACUCAAAAUGUCUCUAGCGCUUUCCAGAUUCCUACUGAAUCCUCGGUCGCGGCAGCGAUCUCACUCUCUCCUGCAGAUCCCAGCCCCGCCGCGAGCUCGGGGCUAACAGCCCGUUCCACCGCAUCAAAACGGAACAUGCUAUUUCAAGAGGAGCUGGGCCAACACGAGACGACCCGCUUCUCGGCUGUUUUUGUUGAAAAUCAAGAUAGUUUUGGCGCAGUGAUGUUCGAUGCCACAAAUUCCAGCCACCGCGAGCUAGGCCGAGAGCCUGAUUCAACGGCCAGGUCCCGUGUGGAACUGGCGGUCAGAACACUACUUAACUUCCCCACUGCUCGUACAUGUGACAUGCUGAUGGCCGGAAUUCAUCAUAUCUACGAUGUAUGGCUGUCGCCCACAAUGAUUCAGCGGUGUUUAAAACAAGUAUGGACAGAAUAUGCAAGUGCGCUGGGUGAGCUCCGGACACGUGAAUCAGUAUUGAGAGUGGCAAAUGAUCUAUUUCUCAAUCACAAAAGGUCUCAGUCGACACCUGAAUGUGAUCACGCAGGCAAUUCCGACCAUCCUUCCUGGAUGAACUGGUUUGGUGGGCCUCAUUUGCGAUGGGAAAUGAUUGGGAUCCUCUUCAGCUGGGCUGGAAUUGCUUUCAGAUGCAAGCAAGAGUGGGAUCCAGUAUUUGAUCUACCCGAACAGUAUGGACGGAAUCGAAACACCGCCGCAGACAAGAUGAGAGAAUGUGCUGCGGCCUGUAUAAGGCUUUGUGAAGGGAAUUUUGAAAUCAGUGAUACCAUGGUUAUUUGCAUGAAGAAUAGCACCAGACUACAAAGCAUCAUCAUCAGCGACGAGAGUGACCGUGUACGAGUCGACUACGGGACUGUCCGCGGUGCUUUUAUAAGCGCAGGAUUCCACCGCCUCACUCCUGCAAAGGAAAUCACCCCGUUCUCUCAACACCGAGCGUCACUCGCUGCGUCGAUGUAUUACCACGACAAAUGCCACAGUCUAUUCAAUGCGCGACCACCUAUGCUCAGUAAUCGUUACUGCCAAUGCCCUCUCCCACUCGAUUUAAGCGAGGAAGAUGUAUAUGGGGACCGAGAAAGAUUGGCCCUGGCUAUUGCAAAGCUUGACUCGAAUGGCUGGAACACAAAUGGCCAGAUAUUCACAACAACCUGGCUUCGAGCACUGGCCAUGCUUAGUCCUAUCCGGGAAGGAAUCUUGGAACUAACCCUUAGUGUCAAUUCGGAAUUUACCAAAUCGCAGGUAGAAAACCUACAAGUUCAGUUGGGGAAGAUAGUUGCUUCAUAUCCUCCGCACAUUCAGUAUCGGAGAAACUCCGAAUGGCCCCAGUCAAGCUCACAAUGCCAUGAACGAAGCGCCCAUGAAGUCUAUAUUAUCACCCGCAUACAACUCGACGUAUUGCAAUGCCAGUUCCUCCUCCAGCGCCUACUUGUAUCGCGGCAAUUCAGCGGUGGCCAAGACUUGUUUGACAUCGCCCAAGAGACAAUGUCUGUUAUCCUGUCUCUUUGGCUUAAGCGCGAUCAACUCCAGGAAUUCCACCAUGCCUUUGACUGGAUUGCAGUAUCAUACGCAAUGCCCUGUGCGGGAAUUCUAUGCGUCGAGCUUCUCCGAGCAAGUAAUCUAGCCCCAUCUUCGCCACAAAACGAGCUCACAUCGACGUCCGCCGCUAGCAACUGUGUUAAAUUCUCGCGGUCGGAAGUGGUCCAGAUUCUGGUUAUGUUCAGAGCGUUACUUGACUGGAUACGUCCCACGGAUAAUAAUGCGCAGCUUAGCAAGAAGUUCAAGACAGUUAUACAAAGAAUCAUCGACGCUGUGUUUGAUUCUUUGGGGUCAUCGUGUGGCAUGCAAGCACAAGAGUUGCCAGGCGAACAGCAGUCCCUGAGACAAUAUGGCCCGCAAGAUGAGCGGUCUCCAGGGCAAAAUCUACCUAUGGCGAUAGGCAGAGAGCAGGAUAUUGACCCAGAGAUGAACAAAUUCCAUGAUAUGGAUUGGCUGAACACUGUUGACUGGACUCAGGGUGGUUGGCUUGACCAAGGUAAUCCACCUUUUCCGUAUUGA